UACCAACAGUUUAACGAGUAUGCAGUAUACAAAUUCGCAAAAUGAACAUCCUGAUGUUGAUGUAAAUAUUAGCAUAGUUGAUAUCCUUGAUUAUGUUGGAGAAUCUGUACGACCAAUCAAAGAAGGAUUUGCAGUAUACACAGCGAAUCACAUAGUGUGUAUUGGUUACCGUAAAAUUGAGCAAGCAACUGUGGAAGUGACUGGGUACGUAACUCAAACCUCUCAUCCAGGCCUCGCUCCACAUCAGAUUAAACUAAAUCUUGAGCCCGAAAUUUCGAAAUGGAUGCUAAAGUGCACUUGCAAAGCAUGUACAGCGAAGUGUAAACAUAUUAUUGCUUGCCUUCUUCAUAUAGAAAAACAUCGAACUCUCGAGUAUCUUUCUUGUACAGAUAUAACACAAGCUUGGGGAAUCACAAAAUCUGCAAAAAAGGCCCCAUGGGGAGCAAAACUCUGUGGUAUCACCGAGUUAUGUUGCGUUAAUCAAUCGAAGUCUUUGAAAACAACUGAUAGCAAAACUGAAGAACAACUACUAUCCACAAGCUUCAAUCGUAUUAUGUCGGUUUCUAGAGCAUCUGCCAUUAGCAAACAUAUGGAAGGAAGGCAUCUUAACAUUCCUAAUACAUAUGCGAAUCGUGCAAUUCAAAGUACCUCUGAGAUCAGCAAUGUUACUCAAUACAUUAAUGCUACUGAAUUGACCACCUGUUUAAGGCGUUCAACAUCCGGAGUAGUUAUUAGGCCAUAUGAAAUGAGUACGAUACAGUUUGAUUAUUUUGAUCAAUAUAUUCAAGUUGAUGUUGAUAUGAGCGUACGCAUGGCGUUGGAAACUAAAGAUCAAAACACGAACUCAUGGAAGAUAAACCGUACUAAACGAAUAACAGCUAGCUCAGCCUAUAAGCUUUUCACGUACUUGCGUAACAAAAAUCCAGAUUGGAGCAAAAAGAUUUCUCAAUACUGGGACAUACGAAAUUUAAAACUUGAGGCCACGAAGUAUGGUAAGGACACAGAGCCUCUUGCUUUCGAAUGUUACAAAAUAAAACGCAAUCCGAAUAUUAAAAAGUGUGGGUUGGUCAUACAUCCCGAUGAAUCGUGGAUUGCAGGAUCACCCGAUGGAAUUGAUCCAGUUUCCAAUAUACUAUUGGAAAUCAAAUGUCCUAUGAACAAAGAUGCAUCAUUGUAUGAUAUUAUGAACUGCGCUUCUGUUAAAGUUUUCAUCAAACAAGACUUCCAAUCCAGUUAUUAUUUAAAUAAGCGUCAUUGUUACUACUGUCAAGUUCAAAUCAAUAUGUGGUUACUAAAUCUUGAUUACUGUGAUUUUGUAUUGUACUCUACGAAAGACAAUGAUUUUAAUGUUAUUGAAGUUAUAUUUGAUAGAGAUUACGUUACUACCGUGAUUAACGAUUUGAAAACACUCUAUUUCAAUCGAAUGCUACUUAAAUUGAUAGAAGAUAACUGUUCCUCUAAAUGUUAAGUAACAGAUUAUUCAGCAGUUCUAUAAAGGUUUCGGUAUGAGAGAGAUAAAAAUGCUACUAAACAUGGCUAUAAACUGAUUCCAUUUGUUGUUUAUGUUAAAAGCCAAACGAACCGAUUUCAUCCGUAACGGUUUCCGGUUCCGGAAGUAGUGAUCAAAAACUCAAAAGCGGAACUCUUCAUUUUCUCAGAGACGGCUGAGUCAAUUUUAACAAGCUUAGAUUCAGUCUUACGUUUCCAUAGACUGAUUUUAACUUUAACGUUCUGACUUCCGGAUUCGGAACAACAGGGUAAGAUGUGUUUAUAAUUUUAAAAUCGUCACCUAUAGCGAAAAUGCAAAAAAAAACGAACAAUUCUUAUAA